GAGAUCUGCGGUCCCAGCAAGUUGAUGGCCCGAGAGAGAAGAGAGUCUUGACUGUUUCAUCCUGUGGAUUACUGGAAGCAGGGAAAAUGGCCUUGCAGCCACCUUUGCUGCCACCCCCACCGGCUCUCCGAAGCCCCAGGACUGCCCAAUAUAUCUAUCAGCUCCCUUCUUGGGUGCUGGAGGACUUCUGCCACAAGAUGGACAGCCUGAGUGAAUGGGACUGGAUGCAAUUUGCCUCCUACGUGAUGACGGACCAGACCCAGCUAAGGAAGAUCAAGUCCAUGGAGAGGAUCCAAGGGGUCAGCAUCACCCGGGAGUUGCUGUGGUGGUGGGGGAUGAGGCAGGCCACGGUGCAGCAGCUCCUGGACCUCCUGUACCGACUCGAGCUCUACCGAGCCGCCCAAGUCAUCCUGGACUGGGGUGCCAUUCCUGAAAUUGCUAGUGCUUCUCAUGCUCUUCCUGACUCUACGUACCCGGGGAGGUCUUCUCUGUCUUCACUAAGAAAACCUGAGGAAACCCAAGAAAAAGGUCUUCAGAAAUCAUCAGGAUUGUCUCCCUCCUCCAGCUCAGGGCCAGGUCCAAGUGGAUGCUCAAACCAAGUCUUACAGCUGCCUUUUAUUGAAGAGGACCUCCCCCAUUCCUUAAAGACAAAUCCUUCUACUUCAGAUCUAAAGAAUUGCCAUGCCUACAUUCCUCAGCAACAACCACUCCUGAGUCUAAAUGGUGAGAGCCUUUACUGGACUGAAAUGGAAGUGAUCAAGGCUACCAAUGGAUUUAGCCAAGAGAACAAAAUCAGCCAAGGGACUUUUGCUGAUGUCUAUAAAGGGCAAAGACACAACAUAAUGUAUAUCUUUAAGAAGCUUCAAAAGACCAGGUGCCCAAGAGAUCUAUCCAUUGAGAGUUUCUUCCACAUGGAAGUCCAGAUUUGUCUUAGUUCUGUGCUCUUGCCCAUGGAUAAUACGGAUCCCCUGACCUGGGAACAACGCAUUAGCAUUUCCUUAGGAUUUCUUGGAGCCAUUGAAUACUUACAUGGUCUCAAGAUUAUUCACGGUAAUAUCAAGAGCUCCAAUGUUCUACUGGAAAGAAAUUUCAUUCCCAAACUUGGACACCCAAGGGUUCGCGUAUCCUCUAAUGAUAAAAAAUCCUCCUAUACCAUGAUGAACACCCAGCUUUUCCAGGCUGUGGCUGCAUAUGUCCCUGAAGAUUUCCUCAGAGUGGGGCAGCUUACAGAAAGAGUUGACAUCUUUAGUUGUGGAAUAGUGUUAGCAGAGAUUCUGACCAGUAUCCCAGCAAUGGAUAAAGAGAGAACUCCAGUUUUUCUGAAGGACUUACUCAUCAGUGAAAUCCCGAGCCCUAAAGCCCUACUAUGCUCCAAGAUCAAAUGUGUGGAGAAGCUAGCUGCAAAGGAGAUCUGCCAGAAAUACCAGGAUGCCAAAGCUGGGCACCUACCAGAAAACUGUGCUGUAGACUUUGCUACAGCUGUCUACCUCUGCCUGCAGAAAAAAAACCCCAACCUGACCCAGGUGUGUGCUAUUGUGGCAGAAUUGAAUCAACAAAUCAGAAAUCCCCAGAACCUCCUCAGCCCCAGGGGAAAUUCGGAAUUGAAGAACUCUUUGGUGAACACCCCAGAAGAAACUGAUGACGUUGAUAAUUUUAGCAUGGAAGGCUCUUCAGAUGAACCUGACAAGAAUGGACUCUGGGCAGGAGCAGGGUUCUCAUCACCUCAACCAGGGAAUAGGGCAAGAAGGUGUUUGACCAAUGGCAUAGAGGCUGACUCUUCAAUGGGUCCUGGUCCUUCACAUCCUCAAGAUGCAAUAGAAACUUCUUGGGAAGUUGAAGUCAAUGAUGCCAAGAAGAAAUUGAUGGAAAAUAUUUUGCUCUAUGAAGAAGAAAAGGUAAACAGCAAGGAGCUAUUUGGAUCUUUUGAACCAUAAACCGAGAAGGGGAGAUACCUAAUUAACAUGGGAAAAAUGAAGUAAAAAAAAGAGACACAAGAUGGAAAUAUAUUAGUUCUUUGUGGAUAAAGACUUUCAGGUCACAAGAAUGAGUGAGAGGAUACUUUUCAUGGAUAAGUAGACAAAAGUCUACCCGGUCCAUUAGCUUUCCACAGUCUGAAGUCUGAGCUUCAAGUUUUAGACUUGAGAUAAAGGAAACAAUGCUUGAAGGAGCCCAAGAAGGAAGAAGGAAACUACGAAACACUUUAUUAAGCCCUUGGAAUAGUUCUCUGUAGCAAAGAACACUGUCCAUUUCAGUCCGAGUUUAACUGUCACUCACCAGUGUGCCUCUUGGUGAGUCAGAAGUCUAGAGCUCUUCUUUCAAGCCUCAAAAAUUGACCUGGACUUGGUUUGAAAAGACUUCCUUCAGCAUUUGAGCAGAAUAACUGACUGAGCACCCCCUGAUUUUGGAACAUUCAGGACUUUGUUGAACUUUGCAUCCAUGCCAGGCAAAACCAAUCAUGCUGCCUUUUCAGUUUGUGUUAGAACUCAUUGUUCAAUGCUCUCAUCGCAUGGCUUCUGAUCCCAUAUUACGUGGGAGAUAUGAACACUUUCAGGUUGAAUCUCCUUUGCUAGAAAUGAGUCAAAUAUUUAUUAUUUAUCAUUAGCUUUGGCCCAUGCUAUGUUUUAUCCCUCUACCUCUGCCCUCAAGGGACAUCAGUGAUUCAGAGGAGGGAAAUUGCUUUCCCCCUCUUCUUUUUCUAAGCUACAUUUUCUAAUAAAGAUUUUUUAUUUUGAGAAUAUGUGUUGUUUAGUUUUAGUCAGAGGCUAUGGGUUUGAGGGCUAGUUUUUAUCUAUGACCCUUAAAGAAGCCACUAAUCCUCACCCUAGGUCUCAGUUUCUCCAUCUGAAAAAUGAAGGAGUGAGAGUUACUCAUCUCUAAGGUCUUUUCCAACUUGGGUAUUCUAGGAUUCUGAUUUAUUGCCUUUUGCAACAUUUGGACACAUAAUGCUCUGAGAGGCACUGGGGCAUAGCAGGGAAAGGGGUGACUUUGAAGUCAAGAUGAUCUUGGUCCAUUCGAGUCCUGCCCCCUGGUAUAGGCUAACUGUUGACCCCAGAGAAAUUACUUAACUUCUCAGUGCCCCCACGUACUUCUCUAAGACAGCAGUCUCCAAAUUGCUUUGAUUGUACGCUCCUGUAGACAAACAUUUUUGAGCUACUCAUUGUAUGUGUAUUUAUUUAUAAAUUGUAUGCCUGUAUAAUUUUAUUCAUAUAUUAUGUGGAUCAUAAAACAAUUACAAUCAGAACAAUGAAAAAGAUGAGAUAAAAUGAAAUAAAUGUUUGAAAUUUAAAAACAAUUAAUGGUAGGAAAAAACUCUUUGUUCUACCUAAAAUCAUUACUAAUUUAAUGCAAUUUGAUAAUUUAAUACAUACAGCUAAAUCCUGACUAAUGCAAAAAAUGAAACCUCUGCAGUCAUCACAUUAUUUGAAUUUGUACAGAAUAUUUCAGUGGUGCUUGAACCAGUGACUAUAUUUUACAUAAUUGCAACUUCAGAUAGUACAUAUUUGAAUACACUCUUCGGGAUUUAGCUGUAAUGAUAUAAAAUAUGUACUUAAAAAUAUAAAUGAUUAAAUGUGCUUCAUUAUUUUUAAAAGUCUUUGUUUAGCACUUUGUGAAACAUCAAUUCCAGAGGCUGAUUCUAAUUUUAAUUUAAUUUGAUUUGUGGUUUUGAUGGUUACCAUGGAUGAAAAAGAUAUUUCAUAAAGAGACUGAAGUGGAAGAAAUUGGCUGCCCUUAUUAAAUCAUAACGCUCAGUUUUCAGGCCUAACUACCAGUUAGAUUUUGUUGAAGUUUGUCUAAGGAACCAGGUAGGUG